GUGUGUGUAUUUGUUUAAUUUUUUUUAGAUCACCAUGAAGUCGUUUACCGAAUCCGUUCCUUUGAUCACAAUCUUUGCCCGCCGCCAGCUUCAUGUGGGACGGGAUUUCCCCCGUUUUUCCAAGAAGAUUGGCGGUGAUUCCAAGGCCACCACGUCCACGGAUGAUGCUUCCAAGGAUGGGAACGAUAGGGAUAGGAAGCAAGUGAAGAACAUUCGUCCAGCUGUACCCAGUUACUCCAAGAAUGUGAAUGAUUACACCAAAGUCUCAGCCGCCGUUCGGGCCUCCUGCCCCCUCCGCCUCCUCCCUGAGGAGGAUAUAAAAAGCCUCAUACUUAUCCCCGAAGAACACAGGAGCCCGACGGCGGCUGAGACUGCGGCUUCAACUCGGAAAAUUCCCUCAAAUCCGAAGCGCAGUGAACUGGAUCAGCGGAAAUUGCGAAGGACACAGUGUGCCAAGGAGCUGAAGGAAUUGGUUAUCUACAAGAAAGCCAAAUCGGCGGUGACCAUCAAGUGUAUGCCUUUUGUGAAAAUUCCCCAGAAUACCAACAAUGAGCAACUGAUGGCUCAAGAAAGUGAUCCUCUCAAAUUGGCCAAUGCAUUUAUAAGUCUCAGGACAGAGCUAAUCGCCGAGAAGGCCAAAUCGGAUGCCAUCACUCAAGACUAUCUGGAAUUGAGGAAACAAUUGUAUCUCAAGGACAACGAACUGCUGAAGGCUGCACUGGAAAAGGAGCAAAAGGCUGGAAAAACCCAAGCUUCUUCGUCCUCUACGAAAGACGAAACUGAAACCGAAAAGAAGUGAAGGGUUUUUUUUGUUGGAACUACGGACAAUAUCGACUUCAUCGACAUUUUAAAUUUGAUGUAUUCCCCAAAGCCUUCUCGACAAUAUACAUUUAAUUGUUGACAAAAAUGCA